CCUCACAGUCGCUUUUUAUCUGUGCUCCAUACUCCGUACUGUAAAAGCAAUUCCGCUCGUUUCGGGUGGCCAGGUAUGCCAUCGACAAUGACCUCAAGGCGCUCGUUUUAGUAUGUGUAUAUAGUAUAUAUAUACAUACAAACACACAUACAAGGAUACUUUCGUUCGCUACCACACUCACGCCGCCAGCAAAGUUUGCACCGUGCGUCGACACGACCUGCACGCAAGUCGCGCGUCCGCAACCUAGGACACAGUCGCAAUGAGGAAAGCGACACGCAUCGCCCUGCUCGCAGCGUCGAUAACGACCUCCUUCUUCAGCUUUGGUGCUGCUCAAAGCAUCGUACCGACGUCUGGCUCGAGCACAUUUCCCGCCUGCGCGGUCAACUGCGCCGUUCUCUUACAGGCACAAAGCACCUGCACUCCGCCGAAUGUCGCGACCACGAACGAUCUCACGUACGAGAACUGUUUCUGCCAGAGCUCGUUGCUCGCCGCGCUUUACAGCACUCCAGACUCCAUCUGCACCGCCGAGUGCACGAGCGAAUCGGACCGGACCCAGCUCCAAACAUGGUUCCAGGGCUUUUGCUCCCAGGUCGGCCAGGGCAUUGAUCCCCUGACCACGGCCGCCGCGCAGGGCCCAACCGGCACGACCGUGGUGACCAUCACGAGUACCUCCACGCCGUUGCCCACGUCCACGGGCGCCGGCAGCGUGGUAGGGGGCACGUCUGGUUCAAAGAAGAGCUGGAUUGACACACAUUGGCAAUGGAUUCUCAUGGUCGCCGUACUCAUUGUUGGAUUCGCGCUUCUGGCCUGGUUGGGCGUCUGGCUCAAACGAAGACACCGCAGAAAGGUCGAGUCGCAACGGGCGGCCUUGUCGGGUCUUCCCGUGGUGAAUGAGAAGCGCGCCACGCGUGGUCCGACGCCAGAUCUAUGGGGUCCUCAUCAGCAUAUGCACCAUACUCAGGGCUAUGAGUAUCCCGUGGCGUCAACGAUGGGCAGUGGUGCCCUCGGCGCAAUUGAUGAAAGACGCGACAACCGGCGUUCAAAGAGACAGUCCUCUUCGCAUUCAAAACGCCAAAGUCGCACUGAAAUGACGGAUCUCGCAAGCCGCCCACCCGCUUCGAGACGUCAAUCCUCCCAGGGGAAAGGCAAAGGCAGAGCUCGAAAUUCGGCGGCCGAGAUCGACCCUGAGCAAAUCAGUCCUGUGGAGAGAGACAGGAGUACGAGUCAUAGGCGAAGAGAUCGAGAGAGGGAACGGGAGCGGACCAGGAGCCGGGAAGGGGCUGGUGAUGGUAAUCAUCAGCAGAGGCUUCGCGAAGUCAGAGGUGUGCGGCGCAAGAAGGAUAAUGACGAUCAGUAUUGAUAUGAUAGCCUGUUAAUGUGAUCACGUUAUGAGAUGAUGCACAUAUUUUUCGAGUUUGAAGUUCAUUCUAUCAGCAUAUUGUUCUUGAAAUAUGGGCGUUUAUAGGCAAAGUGCUCUUAGUCUCCCACAGUCAUGUCACCAGUGAAGUUCUUCGCCCCGGUUGCUUUCGGGAGCACGC